ACUGACGAGACUUCAGAAGUAAAAUAGAACCAGAGAGAGAAGCUACGAUUGGUUGAGCUUUGCUGUUCGUUUUGUUCUUCUCUGUGGUCGAGCUCUGGUUUUUGAAGCUUUCAGGGUCUUUCGCUUCAUCUUCCAUACGAGAUUGCUGCUGGGUGUUCUUUCAAUAUUUUCUGCAGUUUAGUUCUCUGUUACCAAAUGGACGGAGAAGCCCAUACACAGAUUCAUCCUCCCGAGAACGAGAACGAGAACCAUGUCUUCCGGUGUCACAGAUGCGGUUGGCCUUUUCCCAACCAGCAUCCGAGCGCCAAACAUCGACGGGCCCAUAAGAAAGUUUGUGGCACUCUCGAUGGGUACAGGCUCAGUGAGUCGGAACGGGGAGACCCUGAAUCCCCGACUAAUACAUGGAGCUUAAAGCAGUGCGACCCAAUUGAAAGCAACGAAAAUAAAGAUGCCGGAACCGAAGAGGAUGAAUUUGGAGAUGCGGUGGCAGAGUCUACUAAUACGGUGGCUGCUCUGGCAACUGCAUCUAUCGAAGUCGAGGCUGCAACUGAACCAGUUGAAGCUUCGGGUAACAAUACUGAAUUCUUACCUAUUGAGGCAUUGGUGAUAACCGAGGAUGCAAGUGGUUGCACUUCUGCCCUAUCCCCAACCAUUGCUUCUUCUGAGAGCAAUAUCCAGCCUGUUAAGAUUGUCAUGGACAACUCUAAGGUGUGUAUUGGACAGGAAACAUACAAUUUACAAAAUGAAGAUUCCGAACGUGUGAAUCUGAUUAAUAAUUCUGUUAAAGUGGGUGAUACUGAAGGAGAAGUUGGAGUUAAGUCUGAUUAUGAAGGUUCUGAAGUAAGUGAAUAUCCAUUCAAAGAUAUCCCAGCAACUUCAGUUCCAGGUGGAAGUACUGCACCAUUACAUAUUGAAAAACUGAAGAUAGCCGAGGAUGAAAAAAGUUGUUAUUCUUCCACAUCCCCAACACAAUUUGAAGCACCAAAAGCAGGUCUUGGCAAGACUGUUGAAGACCAAAAUGAAAAAGGAGAAGUAAAUGAAGAUCCACUUGUAGAGAUUGGGUCUGCUUAUGAGACUGUUGAAUGCCAGAAUGUAAAAGCAGAAGCCAGUGAAUAUCCAUCCAAAGAUAUCACAUCAACUUCAAUUUCAAGUAAUAGUACUGAUUCAUUACUUGUUGAGACAAUGGAGGUAACCAAAGAUGAAAAAAGUUGUGAUUCUGCCAUGUCCCCAAUAAAAAUUGAAACACCAAGAGCAACUCCCAAUGAGACUGUUGAGGGUCAAAAUGAAAAAACAAAAGUGAAUACGUAUCUACAUGCAGAUGCGUUGAACUUCAAUAGCACCGUGUCAUUACUUGUUGAAAAGUUGGAGAUAACCAAGGAUGAAAAAAGUUGUGAUCUUGUCAGAUCCCCAAUAGAAUUUGAAGCACCAAGAGCAGCUCCUAAUGAGACUCCUGAGGGUCAGAAUGAAAAGGCAGAAGCAAAUGAACUUUCACUUGCAGAUACAUCUGAUUUCAGUGGGUCUUUAGCAGCUUCAAGAGCUACUAACAUGGCUCUUGAAGGAUCAAAAGACCCAAUGAAACUGGAUAUACCUUUAACCUCUGGGAAUGGCGAACUCAUAGAGGAAAAAGGAAAUCAUAAUAAUGAUUCUAUUUUUAAGGAGACCCAUUCAUGUCAAUUGGUAAGUAAGAAAGACGAGGGCUUUGAUGUCACUUCUUCAGCUGAGCAAGCUCUGAAGGAGAACCUUCAACAAGAAAGAGGGAUUGCUGACACAGUCAAGGAUUUAUGUGUUGUGCAAAAAACUGAUGGCUCUGAAUCCAAGGCAACAACCAAUGAACUCAAUAAUAGCGUGAAGAAAUUUGAUGGUGGAGAUCCUACUAAUGAUAAUUCUGUUAUUUUGCAAAAUGGCAAUGAUAACAAUCUGCUUAAACAUCAAUUUGGCUCCUUUGACGUUGCAGCCUGUAGGCUAGGCUCUAUGCCAAAUGUUGCAGUUGAUUCUAGUAGCCUAACAGAUAGUUUGGAAGGCCACUGUGGCUCUGUUUCUGAUAGAACACUUGCUUCCACUAGAGAUGCCAUGGAAGAGAUGAACACACCUGUUCAAGCACAAAAGGCCAACCAAAAGAACAUUGGCACUUCAAUUGAACACCAUAACGAAAUGGAUAUCUUUGAGCCACCUUCCUUUAUGACCUUGGUUGAACCUACCAAAGCAAAUUACCAAAAGAACAUUGCAUCUGGAUGGUUUCCUUCUCUUAAUCACAUUGAACAUGAGACAAAAGGACGCAAAAAGAAUGAGCACAUAAUCACUGAAGUCACCAAGAGCACUGGGAAACCACAUGGUACCUUGAAGAACCUUCUUACAGAAGCAAAGGUCAAAAAAUAUCACAAGUACUCACAGGAUAAACAGGUAAAUUUUACAUCUUCUGGAAAUGAUACAAUGUAUGCUGUUGAAGUUCACGAUGUCAAAUUAGAUGGACGGACGGAGUUGAAUCGUCCUCAAGCAUUUCAAGAAAAUAAGAGAGAGAAGAAUAAAACUCAAGGGAAGGCAUCAUGGGCAUCAUUUUUAUGCUGUUCAUCUAUUAGUUAGAUCAAUUGCUCAGAGGUGCCAGUGUCAACAUUAUCAGUUGUUAAUGUAAAAAGAUAAAUUGUUUUGUGCUCAUGCUGGGGCAUUCUUCGGAAACAAACACACCACACCUUGAUCUGAAUCUAGUGUCAGACUAGGAUUUGUCAGGGCAGUCCCCGUAAUUGACCUCUCACAGUAACAUUGAGCAGAAGAGAAUGGUGAAACAGAGAACUCAUAUAGCCGAUCCUAUAUACUCGGGACAAGGCUUUGUUGUUGUUGAUGAUGAUGAUGAAUGUAAGAUGGGUUGUGUCCUAAUGUAUAUUAUAUAAUUUUGUUUUUCUUUUCCUUCACAUGAUUGGUGACAUUUCUGGUCUCUGAAAUUGCAACAUAUUCG